AUGAUAGGAAACAAAUUUGUGUCUUACGCUUUCCAUUUCCAACAGUCAGGUCUAUCGGAAGAAGAAGUCAAAGAACAAAUGUUCAAAUAUAUAGAAAAAGUAGGAGCUCGUGAAGAUAAGAAAGUGAUGAUGGACCGUGUUUUCGAAUUGUAUUCAAAAAUUAAAAAAAUACAGCAGGAAACCGUGGUUGGUGAAGCAACGCCUGUCAGUAUUGAAGAACUGGAAGGAAUCUGUCCAAUGAUCGAUUGGAAGGUUUUAUUUAAAGAUGUAUACAUGAAUGAAUCGUAUAACAAAUCGCAAGUUAUUGUCCAACAUAAAGAAGUCUUGCGGAAGAUUUGCGAAACUCUCAGAUCAGAAAUGACAUAUAAAUAUGGGAAAAAUGGAAUACACACUAUGUUAGUGAUAGAUUUCUUGUACAAAAUGCGACCUUACUUGAACAAAUAUGUCGAAGAUUUUUAUCCUUCAGAUAUUGAUGAAAAGCCACCAAGUUGCAUUCACCAAUUGAAGGAGAAUUUCUGGUGGACGAUAAACACGCAGCACGAAUAUUCUAGUAUAAGUAAGAGUACAAAAGAUGAAGUGAUUCAAAUGUUUGAAGAAAUGAAGCGCAAAUUGACUGAAUUAUUCUCUCAAGGAUCGUGGAGCAGUGAAGAUGACAAACAAAAAGCUAUUUCAACGGUUUCCAAUAUGAAAGUAGCAAUAAUGGAUUCAGAAUCCUUGAGUGAAGAAUACAAAGGCCGCGAUAAAAUACUCGAAAAUAAACUUUCUGCAGACAACUAUUUUAUAAAUGCAUACUACUCGAUGAAAGCUAAAUUUCUAACAUCAUUGAAGGCCUCUUCGCACAGAUACGAAUUGUGA